GACUCCCGGCCGGGGGCAGCCUGGGGCGGGACGCGGGCUGGGACGGAGCUCAGCGCGCUCGCUGCCGGAGGGUGAUGGCCCUGCAGGGCUGCGGGCUCCGACUUUACCCGCAGUCAGCGGCGAGAAAGCGGCCCAGGCGCGGCGGUCUGGGCGAGCGCUGAGCACCCAUUCAGAGCAGGCUCGCUCGUUACACAUCCCGCUCGCCGCGGACCGAGGAAGACCGCGAUCCGCCCUCGCUUCGCGCGCCUAGAUCAUGUCCUCCGCUCCCGGGACUGCGCGCGGAAAAAGAAGCUCGCCCAGCUCGGACUUCAUGACCCUUCCAAGCUGUGCGCCCUGCUGCCCGGACCUAGUCUGAACCGCGCUACCCAGACCGACCUCGGCGCUGGCGGGCUUCCUCGGUGUGCUGCUGCUGCAUUUUUCUUCUUCUUCUUUUUUUUUUCUCUCUCUCACGCCCGGAAGACCUGGAAGAAAGGGGCGGCUCCCUGCACCCCACCGGAGCCGUCAGGAAGAUGGGGAGCAAGGCCCUGCCAGCGCCCAUCCCUCUGCACCCAUCGCUGCAGCUCACCAAUUACUCCUUCCUGCAGGCAGUGAACACCUUCCCCGCCGCGGUGGACCACCUCCAGGGCCUGUACGGGCUCAGCGCUGUGCAGACAAUGCACAUGAACCACUGGACGCUGGGCUACCCCAACAUGCACGAGAUCACCCGCUCCACCAUCACGGAGAUGGCCGCCGCCCAGGGCCUCAUGGACGCUCGCUUCCCCUUCCCGGCGCUGCCCUUCGCCACUCACCUGCUCCACCCCAAGCAGGGGGCCAUCGCCCACGUCCUGCCGGCCCUACACAAGGACCGGCCCCGUUUUGACUUUGCCAACUUGGCAGUGGCCGCCACGCAAGAAGAUCCCCCUAAAAUGGGAGACCUGAGCAAGCUGAGCCCCGGGCUGGGCAGCCCCAUCUCGGGCCUCAGUAAAUUGACUCCGGACCGAAAGCCCUCCCGAGGGAGGCUACCCUCCAAAACGAAAAAGGAGUUUAUCUGCAAGUUUUGCGGCAGACACUUUACCAAAUCCUACAACUUGCUUAUCCACGAGAGGACCCACACGGACGAGAGGCCGUACACGUGUGACAUCUGCCACAAGGCGUUUCGGAGGCAAGAUCACCUGCGAGAUCACAGGUAUAUCCAUUCCAAAGAAAAGCCCUUCAAAUGUCAGGAGUGUGGGAAAGGAUUUUGUCAGUCUAGAACUCUAGCAGUCCACAAAACUUUACAUAUGCAGGAAUCUCCACACAAAUGCCCCACUUGUGGAAGAACAUUUAAUCAGAGAAGUAACCUGAAAACUCACCUUCUCACCCAUACAGACAUCAAGCCCCACAGCUGCGAGCAGUGCGGCAAAGUGUUCAGGCGAAACUGUGAUCUGCGGCGGCACAGCCUGACUCACACCCCGCGGCAGAACUUCUAGCGAAGCCCAGGAUCUGCCCUGUGCGGCCCCGCGGCUCCCCCUCUCCUUCCCCCCCUCCCCCGAGACUCCUCUUCCUCCUCUCCACGGGGCCCACCCACACCCGACCCCCACCCUCGCUGACCCCCAGGUCUUCUCCAAGGCUGCAGCCCGCACCUGCAGCUCCAGCGAGUUAAACUGAGGACUGAGAACUCUCUAGAAAUCCACACACUCUCCACCCACUCCACCCAACCCCCCCCCAUCAACCAGCAUGUUCUAGAUCCUUGUAGAUAUUCACGGCUCAUUUUAGAGCCCUGUACAUACGUGGGUCUUCGUCCUGUUUUUUUUUGUUUUUGUUUUUGUUUUGUUUUGUUUUAUCUUGUUGGAUGCACCCAGACUUGGAAAAUGGAAGCCAAAUUUAUCUUCAAAGACUGUAUUUUCAAAAUAAAACUCCUCUUGUCUUCAA